UUAGAGGAAAAUCAAGGACUGCUGAAGAGCCUUUUUUAUUAUUGUGCCAGGAAAAACAAUCUCAUUGGAGAUGAAAGGAGCUCUCUGUUCAGCUAUUGUAAUCCAUCAGGUCAAAAACCGUUGUCAAAUGCACAAAUGUGUACCCUGGCAUGCAUGCUGAAAGAGACAGGAAUGGUUGAUCCAGGGACUGGCCAAGCUCUACAAGAUCGCUACCAAUUGAAUAACGUUUGGUUGCUUUUGGAAACAACAAGCUCAUUUGUUCACGAACUUUUCCCCGAUUAUAAAGAUCAAGAUAUGGCACAAAAUUUUUUCUAUAAAGCGCGAGCUUUAGCAGAAGCUUGUCUAUUGGUUAAAGUUGGAGAGGGUAGUAUGGACAAAUGUGAAGUGGCAAACCUUUAUUAUCAAACUGUGAGGGGUAAAGAUUACUCA